GCCUUUGGCUACAUAAUAUACAGUGACAAUGACUGUCAUGAUGUUCACCCUGGCCUGGCCCUGGCCUCUCCUUUGCACAAUUGCAGCCUGAGAUUUAUAAUAGGUAGUUGAUCACAUGUACGCCAUUUGCAUGAUUUAUGGAGAAUGAAAAGGUUGUCAGAUCCUUGGUGCGGGUAGAGUUGAGCCGUUCCAUUCUAGACCCAUGAUCCAUUUCGUCGAUCAUCAGUUUUUGUUUUGUUACAGACUCGUCGAGCGGUUAGCAGCGAACCUUGUUGGGAGCUCUCCCCGUUCUCGUUAUCCGCGGAUAGGCGAAAGAAGAGACCCGAGUUCGAAGCUGCCUCGGACAGUCCGAGUGGAGGACGGUGGUUUUCUGGAUCACGGUAUCAAAGAGUUUAGUUGUUGUUCCUGGAGACUUGAGCACUCGAGUGAAGGUAGUGCUGGUGGUGAUCUUUGCCUUUGGUUGUCAAGAGGAGGGCGAACGGAGCGGCCAGUAAAAUGAGCGGUGGCGGUGUGCCAAGGCCAGAAGUGGUCAGCUCCUGGCUGAAAGGUCCCAGUUUCCCGACAUCGGGUCACUCGCCCAGCCUGCUGUGCAACAACCUGAGUGUAGCGCGCUGCAAGAGCGCCACCAGGGAGACAGGCCUGUAUGCUUUCGCCAGCGGACAUCAUUCGGUGAUGGCAUCGCGAAUCAGCGACUCGGCUGGCAAAUCUGAGGGGGUCAACGUGGCUCAGCUGACCCUGAUGAGGUUCAGUAGCUCCUCCAAGUACUUUAUGCCCAUCACUCAGGUCUCUCAUGUCAUGCUGGACCGAGACAGUCCGAUCUGGGUUGCUUGUGGCGUGUUUGGUGCUAUGAUAAACAGUGGUUGGGAGAAGCAGGUGAUUCUCGGGAAGUUACGCCUAGAGUCAGCCUCCAAAGAAGACAACCUGGGCAAGAAAGGGGACUGGUAUGCUGAUGAGUUUCUUCGUGGUGUUUGUGGCCAUGGCGGUGUACUGUAUCUAGGCCAUUCUUCGGGCGACAUCCUCCGGUGCACGUUGUCCCCUUCUGAGGAAUGGCCGACCAUGGCGAUUCGCGCCAAGGAGAAAGCCGACGGUGUGCCGGAUGACAAGCGGUCUGAAGUGACUAUCACACAGCUAUCCCGCUUCACCACCGAGCACCAUCAAGCUGCCAUCAUGGACCUGCACACGGAUGGAAAGACGCUGGUAAGCUGCGACGAGAACGGUGUCAUCGUUGCCUGGAGUCUGAACGGGAAGGAUCAAGCCAGGGUCACGGCAGUGUGCGACAGAUGGCGGCCACAUGCAUGCAUCACAGCCCGUCUGAUUCCGGGAGUGAACCUUGUUGCCGCUGGUUACAAGACCGGUCAUAUCCGCCUGUUGCGACCGGGUGACCUUAGCCUGGCUGUGGAGAUCUGUGCACAUGCCAAGACUAUGACUGCCCUGGAUGUGGCACGGAACCGAAUUGUGUCUGCUGGAGAGGAUAGCUACUGUCGUGUUUGGUGCGUUCAAGAGACUGCUGCUGGAGUGUACAAUGUUGAACAGGAGCACUACGUAUUUGCAGAGGACGGUAUAUUCACCGGAGUUGGCUUCAGCGGCGACGACGCACACACGUACUACAUGGCUAUGUAUGACCUACCCAGUAUACCCAGUGGGAACAGAGUGUUGCUGUGAGUUGCUGUGAGGCCACCAUGUGCUGCUGAUGGAGCUGUGAGGACCAGCUGUCACCGAUGGUGAUCUGUAGAGUACGGGCUAGCUGUGGUAGGCUUGAGCCAGAACAACCCAGAACCUUUGCUUGACUUUAGACAUGUUGCUGUUCUGGAAGCUCUUGCUUGGCAAGAAGUGUGCAGCGGAUAGCUGUAGGCUUCGAGAGUGCGGGGUACUGGAUCACUAAGAGAACACUCUGUGAAGUAUAGGUUCGAGUGGGAGAUGGAUGCCGCACAUGGCUACACUACAACUGAACAUGUGCAUACAACACUGGUGUCUGCACCGUAUGGCAGCAUUCCCCCUGAAACUGCCUUGUUCCGUACGCAGUCACCGUUGAAUCAUGUAAAAUGAACGUGGUGCAAUGUGUACAUGUACAUAGUGUACGCAGUGAGUCCUCCUGAGUAUGGAUGCAGCCAUUGACUAUACACUGGCCUGGUGCUCAUUGAUCUGAUCCCCUUGCAGUUCAGGAUACUACGACUAUCCGCACAUUCGUAUUAUUUCCAUUCAUAAUAUUAUUAUUUGUAGCAACGCGAUUGCUCAUAAACUUACCUGUGCUCUUUCUAUUGACGCCUGAAAGUAUAAUUCAUUAAUUGUGCACUUUGUGCAACUAUUUUUUCUUAAAAUAUUUAAAUUUAAUAGCAAUGCUAUUAAAUUUACUUCGAAGU